CUCUGGAGUCAUCCGUGCGCGCCGCCGCCGCCGCUCGCCAGGAAAUCAAGAACGCUGUCAUGGCGAGUUCAGCCGCCUCCUCGGUGCGACCCCCGAGGCCCAAGAAAGAGCCACAAGCGCUCGUCAUCCCCAGGAGUGCGGCAGAGGAACAGAAGCUCAAGCUAGAGCGGCUCAUGAAGAACCCGGACAAAGGAGUUCCAAUUCCAGAAAAAAUGAAUGAAUGGGCACCUCGACCUCCCCCAGAAUUUGUCCGAGAUGUAAUGGGUUCAAGUGCUGGGGCUGGCAGCGGAGAGUUCCACGUAUACAGACAUCUGCGCCGGAGAGAGUACCAGCGACAGGACUACAUGGACGCCAUGUCUGAGAAGCAAAAAUUGGAUGUAGAGUUUCAGAAGCGACUGGAAAGGAAUAAAAUUGCUGCAGAGGAGCAGACUGCAAAGCGACGAAAAAAGCGCCAGAAGUUAAAAGAGAAGAAAUUAUUGGCAAAGAAGAUGAAACUUGAACAGAAGAAACAAAAAGAAGGAUCCAGUCAGUCCCAGGAGCAUCCGUCCAGCAGCUCUGAGGAGGCAUCGGGAACUGACGAGGAGGAGGAGGAGAGGGAGGAACCCAGCUUCGUCAUGGGGCGGUGACAGCGUUGGCCCCAGCACCUCAGAAAACCCUCCACGCCACCCGAUGGGGAGGGAGGCGGUUUCAGUUCACUUUCUCUCCCAAGGCCUCGCUGGAUGGAAGCAAGUGGGAACCCUGUCGGCAGGACUCAGAGCCUGCGGUACAGAGGACCAGUUCCUGGACACUCAAGCAAGGGCAUUGCCAAGCCGAGUCCAUUCAUUUUCCCGCCGAAGGGGGUAGGGGGUGGUAUGCCUGUUCUCACAUAUUUUGACAGUGAUGAGUUUGGGGCUGGUUUCUGUGAAAGGAAUGUGUAUUUAGUAAAGAAUAGAAAAACG